CUUGAUCAGUCACCGCAUUGCCAACAACCAACAAAAAAAACAAUGGCGGCAACUUUCGCGAAAACCCAUGUUGAAUCCCAUGCUCCAGAGCCCAUCAAUAUUCACAAAAACAUCUUGAAAACGUUUAAUUCAGAAAGUAACAGCAGCCCAUAUUGGUACUCUGCAGAGACAGGAAUAUACAGAAGUUUACACCCUUCUGUAGAACUCCCGUCCCACCCAUUUCUCGACGUCGUUUCCUUCAUUUUCUCACACAACCAUGGCGGUGUUUCUGCUCUGGUGGAUUCCAAAUCUGGGUUCUCAAUUUCCUACCGGGAGCUGCUCUCUCUGGUCAACUCCAUGGCCGCCGGUCUCCACGGAAUGGGCGUUUCCCAAGGGGACGUGGCCCUGAUUUUGCUGCCCAAUUCUGUUUAUUUCCCUGUCAUUUUCUUGGGUCUUUUAAGCGUCGGCGCAGUAGCGGCCACCAUGAAUCCUCUCAGCACUUUGGCAGAGAUAAAAAAGCAUUUGUUAGCUUUUGAUCACUAUAAUAUACGCCUGGCGUUUGCCACUCCUGAUCGAGUUCAAAAUCUAGGUUCUGCAUUGGGUAUUCCGGUUAUCGGGUUGCCGGAAAUUUCAAAUCUUGAUUCUACGGGCAACAAUUCCGGUUCUGAUUUUCUCAAGCUGAUCUCUUGUGACCCAAAAUUGGCUCCAAACCCAAGAAUCCGGCAGCAAGACACGGCGGCCAUACUGUUCUCCUCUGGCACGACGGGGGGCUGCAAGGCCGUGGUGCUCACUCACGCCAACUUCAUAGCUAUGGUGGAGCUUUUCGUGAGGUUUGAGGCUUCGCAGUACGAGUAUGCGGCGACGGGGAACGUGUACUUGGAUGUUGUGCCGAUGUUUCACGUGUACGGGCUGUCGCUUUUCGUGAUGGGGUUGUUGUCGUUGGGUUCGACGGUUGUGGUGAUGAGGAAAUAUGAUAUUGAGGAUGUGGUGAGAGCCAUAGAUAGAUAUGGAGUCACCCAUUUUCCCAUGGCGCCGCCAUUGUUGGUUGCUUUGACAAGAAGAGGAAAGGCUACUGUGGGUGCAGCUAAUUGCAGUCUGAAGAGUCUGAAACAGGUUUCUUGUGGAGCAGCUCCGGUCAGCAUUGCUUCCAUUCAAGACUUUGUUCACACAUUCCCCCACAUUGAUUUCAUUCAGGGUUAUGGCAUGACAGAGUCGAGUGCAGUUGGAACACGAGGUUUCAACACUGCAAAGCUUCGUAACCAUACUUCUGUGGGACUUCUGGCUCCUAACAUGGAAGCCAGAGUGGUAGAUUGGACCACUGGUUCAUCCUUGCCUCCCAACUCCAUGGGGGAGCUAUGGCUGCGCGGUCCUGGUAUCAUGAAAGGGUACUUGAAUAAUGGUGAGGCUUCCAAGAAUGCUGUAGAUGAAGAUGGGUGGUUCCAUACCGGAGACAUUGUGUAUUUUGAUGAAGAUGGGUAUCUGUACGUGCAUGACAGGUUAAAAGAGAUGAUAAAAUACAAAGGUUUCCAGAUUGCUCCUGCUGAUUUAGAAUCAGUCUUGAUGUCUCACCCACAUAUUACAGACGCCGCAGUUACCUCAGCCAGCAAUGAAGAAGUUGGAGAGAUUCCUGUGGCUUUUGUGGUCAAGACAGAAGGGAGUGGACUAUCCCAGGCAGCUGUGAUUGAUUUUGUAGCCAAACAGGUUGCACCAUACAAGAAAGUUAGGAGAGUCUACUUUACAAAGUCAAUACCAAAGUCUGCUCAAGGAAAGAUUCUGAGAAAGGAGCUUAGGACCCUCCUGAUAACUUCCAAAAUAUAGAGGGGACUGAACUAGCUAGCCUGAUUAUGCAUGGUUACAUUGUUUCCAGUUCUGAGAUUAUCUUAAUUAUGUCAUAAUCUAGCAUGGGUAUAUCUGUUUAUAUGUAUCAGAUCAUAUGAAAUAUAAUGCUGAAUAAAGAUGUGGGUUUCCUAGUGCUA